UCUAGUGAAUGGAACGGAAACUUCGCCAAGUACUCGAGUCGAUCCCGAGGCAAAUUAUUGAAUAAAAGCGCGCCACUGGGGAUGUCGGUCCAGCGUAGAGCCCAUCACUGAUCAGAACAUAUAGCUUUGACGUGAAUCAUUCGCAACCUGCAACGGUCGUCGGUGACUGUGAAUUCACUUCAUGUAUCUCUUGGAGCGGCCCGGGGUGGCGUCCUUUUCCAUGAUAAAAUCGCCAUUGCCGUAUCCUCAUCCCACUUCUAGCUCUGCUGGUCAGACCCUUCGAGCCUAUGUCGAACAGCUCUCACGGGGCGUGCAUUGCCUUCCUUUCCAGUCUUUCCAGCUUCGAAGGCUUCGACCAUUUCAACGGCAGCCAUGGCGGACACUCUAACGAUGGUUUUCAAACGAGAGGACAUAGCCAGUUCGACUUCCAGUUCGACGUUUGUAUGUGGUUUGCAAAAACCGUAGUUGAUGGACGAUAUUAUCUUACAGCUUGUGCAAUCGUCCUUUUCCUCGAUAUUAUCCUGACACUGGAUGUGGAGAUAGAACGCGUCUGGAACACCAAAUUCACCAAAGCAAAACUUUUGUUCUACCUCAACCGAUAUCUGCCUCCUAUACUGUACUCGAUCGCCUUAUUCGGUUCAAAUCAUCCAAGUCUAUCCUCAAAGUUUUGCACCAAUUUCUUCCAAGAGAUCCUGCCCGUGCUGAUUGUCUUCGGCGAGGCUGCUAUCGGUGCCUUACUGAUUCUAAGGACCCGAGCACUGUACCAGGAAACGAAGGGCCAUUUAUCUUAUGUGGUUCAGGGCGUUCUAAUCAUAGUCUACCUUGUCCAAAUAGCCUUAUCAGUGCUCGUCGCUAAAGACCUGAAGGCUUACUUCACACCGCAAAAGCACAUUGGUCGGAUCCUUGCCACGCUGUGCACAGUCGGAUUCUUGUUGAUGAGCUGUAAUGGCAGCGAAGGUUAUGAAUUUGGCAAUGCUAGUUUUAUCCGCAAUGGAAUAGCAUUAAUUGGAUCUCAAACCACGUGUGAUCCUCACAUCCCACUAUUUCCUCCAUCUCCGGGAAGAGGGUGGAAAAAUGAUCAGAACGGGAUGGUCGACGAGAAUACUUGUCACCCACGGCCUGCUAUUAUCAUCCGCAUUGACGCACGACCCAUUGGAUCACCGUCGUCAUUAUCCGAGGAAUGUAUGGAAUACGUCGAUCGUGAUUACUCGUAUUCGCCGACCUGCUAUAACAGGAACAAACCUCUACCGGAUAUUGAGCAGGGUUGCGAAUCAGACGAUUUAGUCGCCUACCAGAAAGCGUUCGACUGUCGGUGCAGCGGGCAAUUGAAGAAGUACUGGCGAGGGAGGGAUGUGCCGAGAUACUUGUGUGUACUAGUAGUGCUUGCGGCGGUGACGUCAAGCUACCCUUGGAAGAGGAUAUCAGUAUUGGACGAAAGUCCAGGUUUAGUACUUGGACUGUUCCUGCAGAAGCACCUUGCAAGCGUAUUCGUAGUCGGCGUAGGAGGCAUUCGUUAA